AUCGCAAUCGACGACGACGACACCCGACCGUGACUCUGCGACCGAGAGAGACCAAGCGGGAAAAAAAUUCAUCAAUCGUCACCAUCAAUCGCCCUCGCGACGAAUCGACCGGAGAACAAUGAAUGGCUAUUCAAUCGUCGCCAAUGGCCUCCGUUACGCGCUCCACCCGGAGGACCGAUACUGAAGGCCUCGUCCAGCAGCAGCUUCACCCCCAUCCCCUUCACCAUCCCGUCCAGGCCUUCGCCGCUGCCAACACGAACACUGUGACGCGCGCCGCUGCCACCCCCCAAAACAUCUCCAGCUACCAGCACACGCUGUCCGGUCGCACCAAGCGGCAGCUCGACCAGACCGAUCAUAUCGUCGAUUUCGAACACCAGAAACCCAAGCGACCGCGGACGAGCAUCGAAAUCCUCAUUCGCCCUGCCCUGUUACCGAACAAGCCUGCCGUCGCCAACGCGACACCCACGGCAAACGUCACCCCGACUCCGCAUCCGACUACGACCGCGGCCACGAAGCCUCAGGCGGCCGCACCCCUAGCAAAACCCACGCCGAAACCCGCACCGCAACACGUCGCGACGGUGCAUCCUCCGAAUCCAGCCGCUGCUGCUGCGAAUAACAAUGCUGCCCAGUUGACCAAACACCAGGAAAAGGUCAUUAAUGGGAUUAAACACGAGCUGGAUCGCCUGCAGCCCCGCGAGGCCGAUACCCACACAAAGGAGGGGGGCCGCAAACUGCGCUCUCAAGAGGCCACUCGUUUCAGGAGCGAGCUGUCUGCGUAUUUUCCCGAGUAUGACGAGGUCAUUGGAAAUGAACCCAAAGAACAGCAGCUUUUCACCCUCGAUACCCCGAUAGUCAUUUUUGACUCGAACCCCACACGCCACCAUCCAGUCCCGUGGCACCGAAGUCUAGGCGCGACGCCAGAUCCCAGUGUAGUACUCGAUGGCUCAGCAAACUCGCAUGCCAGGCACAAGGUUCCCGUGCGUGGCUACGGCGAUGCUCUAUUUGACGAGCUUGUCGAUGCCCAGCGGAUAGACUUUGAUUUCUUGGGCAUUUCGCACAAGCGCGAGCCUGUAGAAGAUCCUCUUCCCGACGUAUCCUUUAUAUCGUCCCACAAGAGGGCGGAAAGGCUGGAAAAGUCCAUCCGUAAUACCGAACGGGGACGGGCCCAGCAUGAAAAAGACCAGAUUGCACGCCUCCUGGACGGUCUCCAGGGUCACGACUGGCUGCGAGUCAUGGGUGUUAGUGGUAUAACAGAGACAAGAAAAAAGCAGUUCGAGCCAGCGCGGCAGCACUUUGUCAAAGGCUGCCAAGCCAUCCUCGACAAGUUCCGCCAGUGGAGCUUGGAGGAAAAGCGUCGCAAGGCUGAGAAGGACCGCGCUCUCGCCGAGAAGGCAGAAGCAGAAGAGUCAUCAAGCGGAGAUGAGAAUUCAUCCGCGGAAUCCGAAAGCAGCGAGGACGACGUCGAAGGAGAUGACGAGACUGGCGAUAUUAGUGACGGUGAUCCACCAGGGUCCGACGACGACGAUGAUUCUGUGACCAAACAGCUUCGCGAAGAGGCUACGUCAAGAGGGUCGAAGAACAGCAAGAAACGUCCACGUGCGACACCACAGCCACGGCCUCCUCCAAAACCUGAACCCCCAAGGGAAUUCAAGUCCUUCUUCAAGAAGAGAUACGAGCGUGAGAGCGCUUUGCACCGGCACAGGCGUGCCGGCCGCAAGGUGGUGGCAUGGGGACACCCGUUACCAGAGAUACCCGAGAUCGACUUUGAUCUCCCUGAAGAGUUGCGUGACGAGGAGACGCUGAGGGUGCAUGCGAGGAAAAGGCGCCGUGAUCGCCGCGGCCGAACCUGAUCAGAGGUGUUCGGCUGCAGGACUGGGCCAUGGUUGUGUAAUACCUGGUGUGCCGUGUCUGCUUCUUCUCUUGCAUCGGGGUGGCGCGAUGU